AUGUCUAUCUCCAACGAAGCUUUACAAAAGCUUGUCAACGAAAUACAAUCUCAAGCUAUUCAAGCCGAACAACAAAUCAGUGUCGUCAAAUCUCAAAUCUCUCUCAAACAACGCGAAAUCCGUUUACUCGAACUUACAUCGACCGAAGUAUCCACGUUACCACCUAGCACCAAUGUCUAUGAAGGAGUUGGGAAAAUCCCUACCGCCAAUGUGGACAAGAGAUUAAAAAGCGAGACCAAGGAGCUGAAAUCGGAUAUUGAUAAUUUGGGCAAGAAGUUACAAUAUUUAGAGACUACGUAUGAGAAAAGUACGGAGAAUAUUGCGAGGAUUCUUCAAAGUGGUGGUCGUGCUUGA